UUUCGAAAUUUUACACAAUAUUGGCUGUGAUUUUAUAAAGUUGUGUUUGAUUUUAAUAGGUGUAUAUACGAUUUAUAUUUUAGAAUUGUAUUACUUUGUUUAUUGUAACCUAUAAGUGGUUAAAAUGUGGCCAGAAAUAGAACAGGCAAAAAUUGAAAACAGGCACGAACUUGUUCUUUCUGGAAAAGAAAUAGCAUCGAAAAUUGCAAAAAAUGGUUUGGAUUUAUCUGUUUUUACUUUAGACGGCUUAAACUUUUUAAAUAUUAGUGCAACAGAGCUCUCAGAAAUUUCUGAUGAUAUCGGCAAACUAACGAAUUUGCAGACUUUGGUUUUGCAUUCCAAUAAGUUAGAACAGGCAAAUGAAAACAUAGCUAAGUUGACUAAACUUAAAAUGUUGGAUUUGUCGAGAAAUCUAAUAACAUCAAUUCCUGAUGGUUUUGCAGAUUUACCGCUAACCACGUUAAAUUUGAACGUGAACAAACUUGAUUCUUUUCCUGAAUUUACAAAGAAUACUAAAUUAACGGUCUUGGAUCUUUCUAAUAAUAAAUUAAAGUUAUUCCCGAGAGUUUGUUCAGAGGAAUUAGUUAAUUUAUCAGAGCUGAAGUUACAUGGAAAUGAAAUUGAAGAAAUUCCAAACAAUAUACAUGUGUUACCUCUUCUGAAAUUGCUGGAUAUUAGUGAGAAUAAAAUAAAAACACUUCCUGGGGAGCUUGCCGAAUGUCAUAAAUUAAAAGACUUAAAUUUAAAAUCUAAUCCUAUCUCAGACAGACGUCUAUUGAAAUUAAUUGAUCAAUGUAGAACAAAACAAGUCUUAGAUUAUGUCAAACAGAACUGUCCAAAGACAACUAAUGGUGAUGUUGCGAGCAAAGCAAAAUCUAAAAAGAAAAAUAAGAGUAAAAAUGAUGAUGAGGAUGAUGAUAAUAGUGUUACAGAUUAUAAGUACUCUAUUAAUGUUAAGAGUCAUAACAAUAAUUUCAAGGUGAUUAUUAAAAAUGGGGUUAAAACGGUAAGAGAGCAUUUUACUGCCUGCAUUAUCAACAAUGUGUCAUUUACCGAGGAAUCUUUCAAGAAAUUUAUUCAAUUACAAAACAAGCUCCAUGAUACAGUCUGUGAGAAAAGGAAUGUAGCAACUAUAGCCACUCAUGAUUUCAGUAAAUUGCCUCCAGGCGAUUUAAUCUACUCAACCUCUCAACCUUCUGAACUGAUGAUAAAACCUUUGAACAGAGCCACUGUAAUGAGCGGUGCUGAGCUGUUUACAAAACUUCAAACAGAAGCUAAUAAUUUAAGGAAGGAAAAGAAGAGAAGCACAUAUAGUGGAAUUCACAAAUUUUUGUACCUUAUUGAAGGAAAGCCGCAAUAUCCAUGUGUCAUAAAUGCAAAUAAAGAAGUCAUAUCAUUUCCACCUAUUACAAAUUCAGAUAUUUCCAAGAUUGAAGUGACAACAACCAGAAUGUUUAUCGAGGUUACCAGUUCUCUCUCACUGCACUCUUGUAAAAACGUACUGAAUACGCUGCUCAAAGACAUGGUGCUGUUAUUUGAGAAGGACUUGGAGGUGGAGCAAGUAAAGACUGUAGACGAACAGGAGCAACUAAAAGUAGUUUAUCCCUCAAAAACUGAUCUUGUUUUCGAAAAAUCAGUCCCUAUUAAAAUUAAUAGGGACUAA